CAAAGUAAGUACACAACGGGCAGCAGGAGAGAGAGAGAAAGAGUUUGCAAAACCCAAUCUGCUGGUUUUGAAUCCCUCCUCCUCCUGUUUACGCUUCUUCUUCUUCUCUCUCCUCGCCAUUUCACAUUUCGGCCCUGCCCUAGACUUUCCUUCCUUCCUUCCAUUCUGUAAUUCCAAUUCAUCAGCUGAGCCUUUUCUUCGCUCGCCAUACUCAUAUAGUAACCGCUCGGAUCGAGAAAGCAAGCCGCCUUCCAAUUUCAAUGAUUGAUUGAUUGAUUCAUUAUUAACAUGCGUUAUGAAUGAUCGGUCUCGGAGACAGAUCUUCCUGUCCUGUCCAGUCCAGUGUCCACAAAUGCCUUCGAAUCUCCUAGAUUUGAUUUUUGACAGCAGGUAGAAAGAAAGAAAGAAAGAAAGAAGAUCACUGCUGCAUUUAAGUGAAUAAUAAGAAUAUGGCAGCAGCAGCAGCAUUAGCAGGAGGCAGCAGCAAGGGCCUGCUUGAGAAAAUGCGGCGCUUUAUAUGGACAAUAUACUUCAUGCUGGCAAUGUUGGCAUCCCUUCUGGUUGCCUCAUCGUCUUUAUUGGUGGCUAUACUUGAUAUAUUGGUGCCUUGUUUUUUAACUUCCAGUUUCACCUGCAUUUGCUGCUACAGCUUCAAGGACCAUCUACACAGAUAUGCUUUUACCACCUCCUUCACAGAUAUUCCUCUCCUCUCUCUCAUCAGAUCUCUCAUUAUCACUUGUGUUUAUUCUUUGUAUGACGGCCCUGCACUCUCACACGGCCCAUAUCUUGGCAUCGUCACGCUCUGUUCUUUUAUUUCAAUCCUUCUCCUCUCCGUCAAGGCUUGUUUUUUCUCCCUUAACUCACAACUUGAACCCGACCACCCUUCAUAUUCUCUCGCAACACAGAACCUUCACUUUAAGAAAUCAUGGGGGAUGCCCAUCUUGUUCCUAUCUUCCGUCGUAUUUGCCCUUGGACAUAUUGUUAUUGCUUACAGAAUCAGCUGCAAAGCGCAGAGGAAGUUCUUCUUCCACAGAUCACUUGACACAGGAGAUGUACUUCCAUGUAAAAUCACUUUUUCUAGCUUUCAGAAGAUUCCUCGAUCCCCAACUCCAGCUGGUAAAACACCAAAAGGUGAUUGUGAAGCAAGGCAAAAAUCAUCUCCAAUAAUAACAUCUCAUGAGGAAAAGGAGUUUCCGGUCAGAUUUCUAGCUGAUGUUGACAGCUUAUUCAUCUCUUGUGAUGGGCUAACUGUCCACUACAAACUGAGCAUGCCUUGUUCACCUUCACGUUCCUUAUCCUCCACAACAUUUCUCAAUGCACCGGCACUGAAUGUUGCACCGAGAACACAUUAUCCUCUACAUAGAAGUUCAAGCAAUAAGUUUCACACAUCCUCAUUGUAUGCUCCGUUGUUGGUGGGAAAUCCAUCUCCUCGACUCUCUGACGAAAUAAUUCCAGUCCUAAGUCUUGAUGAUGGAGGUGGUCGUGAGGAAGAAAUGUGUGCAUUGAAACUCUCUUCUUUUGAGUAUGAUCUGGAAGCAAAUGAUCAGACUGGCAUUGUUUUGGUGCAUGGUUUUGGAGGGGGUGUUUUUUCAUGGAGGCAUGUGAUGGGACCCCUUGCUUUGCAGCUUGGCCAUACUGUUGCUGCUUUUGACCGGCCAGGUUGGGGAUUGACUUCAAGACCACGUCGAAAAGAUUGGGAGGAAAGUCAUAUGCGUAAUCCGUACAAAUUUGAGAGUCAGGUUGAUUUGCUGCUUUCUUUCUGUUCCAAGGUUGGGUUUAAAUCAGUUAUACUUAUUGGUCAUGAUGAUGGAGGCCUUCUUGCCUUGAAGGCUGCACAAAAGAUCCAUGAAUCGCUAGAUAAAACACAGGUGAACAUAAAGGGAGUGGUAUUGCUAAAUGUAAGCUUGUCAAGGGAAGUUGUUCCUGCCUUUGCUAGAAUACUUUUGCAUACUUCACUGGGAAAGAAGCAUAUGGUUCGCCCUUUAUUGCGGACUGAAAUAACUCAGGUUGUCAAUAGACAUGCCUGGUAUGAUUCUGGCAAGCUAACACGAGAUAUUUUGCGCCUUUACAAGGCUCCAUUAUGUGUGGAAGGUUGGGAUGAAGCACUUCACGAGAUAGGAAAAUUGUCAUCGGAGACUGUCCUUGCACCACAAAAUAUAUCAUCAUUGUUGGAGUCGAUUAAGGACCUGCCUGUGUUGGUUAUUGCUGGCGUUGAAGAUGUUCUCGUCCCUCUCAGAACAGUCCAAGCGAUGGCCUUCAAUCUGGAGAAUUCUAAACUGGUGGCAAUAUCAGGGUGUGGUCAUCUUCCUCACGAAGAGUGCCCAAAAGCGUUGCUAGCGGCCAUAACACCCUUCAUCACCAGAGUUCUGUUAGAUCCAGGUAUCCAGAAUCAAUAGUUUUCUUCUUAUAAAUUUUCUGCCUGUGUAAAUUCUUUUGGGAACACUUUUUAGAGUUUUGACAUGGGGUAGUAGUAGUAGUAGUAGUAGUAAGGGUAGUUUGUUUGCCCUUUUAUUUUCUUAGUUUUAGUUGUAAGCUCUGCCUGCUUGUUAUUUUGAUGUUUUUAUUUAAAGCGUUUACCACUUACUUCAAUGUGGGGUGCUGCGGAAGGACAAUUUUGUACAUGUUGUGAGAACCAAGUUGAUUUUUCACAUUUUCCAUUCAUUGUCGUGUUAGUUAAUGGUUUGAGGUCAAUUAGUAUUUGA